CUCUAUCUGGGUACAAUUAUAGGUACAAUUAGUACGUACUUCCUUGCCCUCUUAGGUGCCCAGGUGGAUGGAUUUUAAGCUCAUGUGCUAGCGUGUUAGCGCAUUAGCGUAUCCGGCGGGUCAAUUGAGUACAAGGCAUUUGAUGCAUUGCCCCAGAUCUUGCGGGCUAGCAAAGUAAACAUUUCACUUCUCUUCUCACCAAAUUUCACGUCGACUUCAAAUCUCUUACUCCCACAAACAACUUCUCAAAAUCACCGACGUCAAUUGUUCAAUUUCUUUCAAUCGAGCAAAAUGCUCGGCUGGGCUCUCAAAAAAGGGUUCCAAGGCGCGACCGGGGCUAAGGACGCGUCUGGCAGCAAUGACGACACAACACAACUUGAAGCCCCCGACACUCCCGCCCCCGUAUUCGCUGCUCGUGCAUUUAAGAAUGUACUAUUUGGAACAUCUCGUUCAUCAGAAACAACUAGCAGCAAAUAUACCAAAAACAAAAACGAAAACCCAAAUCCCAAUAUCAUAACUUCCCCCACCAAGCAAUCUCCAAGCAAGCAACCAACAAGCAUUCUUCUGACUCCAGGUACUGGAACCGCGCGUCGGAAGCGUGUCUCAUUUAACCAUGAUGUAAAAGCUGGAAGUGGUCCCGAUGCAAGUCCUCUUGUUUCGGCUCGUCUGCGAAAAAGAUCAACAUUACAACAAGCACUCGAGAAUUCUCGUUCAACAAAAUCCAGGAAAUCCAUCGAGGAAAAGAAAGAGGAUCCCCCUCCAAAGCUAGCUGACGAUGAAUCUGAAGACGAAUGGGAAGAUGAAUAUUGCGACCGCGAAAUGACAGUGGAUCUUAAUGAGCCCCGCUCCGAGUCAGGCAAAUAUUGGAAGGCGGAAUUUCACAGAUAUCGGGAUGAGGCAAUGGCCGAUAUCGAGCGCAUGGUGAAGUUCAAGGCUUUGGCUAAGUCUUACGCUCAGCAAAAGGAUGCUGAAGCACUUGAACUGGCCCAAAAGCUGAAGGACGAGCAACAAAAGGUAGCCGAAUUGGAGGAGAAGGUUGCUGCCUUGUCAGCUCAAGGCACGGAUAAGAGGAAACGCGGUGGUGACCGCGAGGACAAUAAUCUGGCGAAGGAUUUGGAGCACCAGACUGCACUUGCUACACACUAUCGAGAUCAAGUAAAGGAGCUCGAAGCUCUUAUUCAAGAACACAAAGGCGAAUCUAGUUCUAGCCAGUCCGACCGUCGGCAAAUCGGUACAUCACCUAGGACCGAACACACCCUUCUGGAGGUCAAACAAGAACUCAGAAGAGCGCGAUCCGAGUUAAGGCAGAUGGACAAACUUCGCAAGGAAGUCAGCAAGCUCAAGGCUGAUUUAAACGCAGCAGAGGAACGAGCUGAUAAACUGGAAGAUGAACAAAUCCAGAAGGGAUCUUCUGAUUCAACACAGGUGAAGAAGUUGGAGCAGAAGCUACAAGUAGCGAAGGAAGAGUCGCAUCAAAAGGACCGUGAAAUCCGACAGCUGAAGAAGGACUACGAAACCCUAAAGAGAGACGCCAAGUCUCGGACUGCCGAAGCUAUACAGGUGUUGCAAGCAAAGAAUGAGAAAAUUGCUGAACUGGAGAGCACCAUAAAGGUGAUCGAGAUGGCAAAUCCCUCGGUUAAAGCGAGCCGCGCUCUGAAAGUAGACAUCGACUCGCUUAGCAAGCCCUCCAAAUAUGAGAGUGGAAGACCUACACGCCAUCUGACUCGAUCAGCUUCGGUUGAGGAUAUCACGCUCGACAUGACUCAAAGAUCACUGCUCGGUCAUGAAAAUGAGUUCAACAAGAAUGCACUCCAACCUGCCAGAGCCAGUGCUUUCUUUCCUUCCGAGCGAUCGAAUGGCUUCAAGGAUGUCAGGGACCAACCGAGGAAGAACGGGGAUGACGAGGCGGAAAUCAACAAGCGCGACAAAGAGACUAUUGUGAACGACUUGGACAUUUCCCCGCCUCGACCUAUUACGAAGCCUAGGACUACGCUAUCAACAUUCGACUCUGGUAGAGCUAUGUCUAAUAUCCUCUCGAACAGAAUGAACCAGUCGACAGCAAGGGAUACAACAACUUCGGGAGGAUUACUGGAUCAAAAGCUUGCCGAGGCACGCGCAAUUCGUGCAGCCAGAACGGAUCGUGCGGACCGCGAUACGGAGACGUACGGAUCUGCAGAGAGACCAACGCCACGCCGUUCGAGACCCAAGUCUUAUAACGGCCAGUCCCUUUCUUCGGGCAGCGACGGACUAGGCUAUGACCUGGUGCGAGACAAAUUUGCCCGUCUAGGAGGUCCCGAGGCCGAUCAUACUACCGGGAAUACUUCUAGAUGUACCCUACCUGCCGACCGACAGGCGGCAGCUCGAGCUCGCUUAGAGCAGAAGAGGCUGGAGAGGCAGCGGAAUGGUGGUAGCCGUAACAAGGAGAACAUCAAACCAUGAGAGUAAAUCUCAUAGGACUCUAAUUUGACGACGGUUGAAUGAAGGCUGGAAUGAUGGGUACAGGCGCAUGAUAUGGAUUAUGGGCAAACUAAGGGGCAUGAUAUGGUCUACGGUAUUGCAUUACAGGAGUUAUAUGCCUUAAGUUUUAACUUGAGGGUUUUGUGUGGGAUUGGAAAGGUCUUUUUUUUUCUUUUUGAUCUGAUUGGCUUAAAACCUGAAGGCAUUUUGUCAACCCUUGGGGUGACUUCCAGUAUUUUCAUUUGGGCGCUUUUAAUCCUACCUUGUAUUGGCACGGGUAUGGUAUUCAGGGCUUUUUUAGGUCGAGGAGUUUAAGUUAGGUGGAGAUACCAGCGGAGAGAUAAGCCUUUUUGGUUUGUUUUUUUCUCGUGUAAGAUUAAAAGAUUGCUAUGGACUUUCAAAUGUAAAUGCGAACGGGUCAAGAUAUUUUUUUUCAUUCCUCCCUACCUCUUUACGUAGUUGCUAU